AUGGAAUUCUUCCCCGACGGGGGCUUCGUGCGGCUUCAGAGCCGCCAGAACCGCAAGUACAUCCACGCCGACGGGGACUGGGUGGGGGUCACCUUGCGCCCGCUCAGCCGCGUCCCAUCCCUGGAGGCGGUGUGGCGGGUGGAGCACUGGGUCUCGAACCGGGGGCACGUCUUCGUCCUCCUCCAGAACGCCGCCUACGGCCGCUACCUCUCGCUCUCGGUCCACCCGGCACGGCCCAGGCACCUCAGCCGCCGCGUCAUCCAGCGCGACUUCGACGACCCCAACCUGGUGGACGCCUUCUUGUGGAGGUGGAGGGCUCAGAGGGUGGACCCCGACCAGGACUACGUCCGCCUGCGCCAGUUCAACUUCCACCUCCGCGCCGACGGCAGGUACCUCACCUGGAACUGGAAAACCCGCGUCACCGGCGACCUCGUACGAAGGCGCACGCUCACCACCAUGAUGCAGUGGACGGUCCACGCCGUCGCGGCGACCCCGCUACCGCUACCCCUUCCGGUUACACCACUUGAGCCUCAGAUUCAGGGAGGCCGCCGUGGCCAGUCAUUCUGGGCCUUAUGGCGGCGCACCGGGUACGGCCCCGGGGUGUAUGAGGAUGUGCCGCGGGAGAUCCGCUACGGCGGCAUUAGUGUAUCCCCAGAUAUAUGCACCAGCACCGUAGAGUACGAGAGCGGAACUUCUGACAAGAUUGAAAUUCAUCUCUUCGGGAACCAGAAGCAUUUAAUCAUUGCUGCCCCUGAUACUGUGACAUGA